AUGUUGUGUUACUCUCGCUCUUCAAUCCCCAGUCAGACGGAUAGAACAACGCACCCGAAAAACUGGUACGGUAGGCUAGGCUUCGUACUGAUGAAUCUGUUGCAAAAUGCCGGGUACAGUCAAGACCACCAAGACCAAUUGCUUCGCAAUCUUUCAUUGUUGGUAGUACCACAUCUGGGUCCAUUAUUACCUCCUGGUGCGCCAGUAUGGCGCAGCUUCAUGACGGAUGAUCACACACCUGUGGAAGUGAGCUGGGAUUUCCAUACAGGAUGUCAACAGCCAACGAUCAGAUAUUCCUUCGAGCCAAUUGCGGCAGAUGCCGGAACUGUACACAAUCCAAAUAAUACAGGAGCUUCUCAAAGGUUCAAACAAUGCCUUGUCGAGAAGUUUCCAGCAACAGAUACUACAUGGUUCGACCAUUUCCAGGAGUGCUUGGUGAAGAACACUAGCAAAGCCAACUCCGAAGGUCAUAAUUCUACCACCUUUUGGGCUUUCGACCUCAUCGAAAAAGGUGCAUCUGUGAAAGCAUACUUCUUCCCGGGUGCAGCCGCCCAUGCGACAGGCCGCACGAACCUCCAAGUCACACUCGAGGCGGUUGCUUCCGCGCCGGGCUAUUCCCCAAGGGACUUCCCCUCCCUGGGUAUCUACACGGAUUUCGCUGCUCGGGAUUCAAGCAUUGGCCAUGAGAUGGAUAUGCUCGCGCUUGACUUUGAGCCUUUGGAGAGAUCUCGGCUCAAGAUCUAUUUCCGGAACAGACGGACGGACUUUGCUUCCGUACGAGAGAACAUGUCGUUGGGAGGAUUAGUGGCCGAACCCAAUCUCGAUAAGGGGCUUCUGAGGUUGAGAAAGCUCUGGGAUGCUUUUUUUGAUCCUGCCGGGAUUGCGGACGAGAUACCAUUGCCUCACGUGGAUCACCGGACUGCUGGUAUCCUAUAUAACGUCGAAUUCCGGUUCCGCAAGAGACUGCCUCUUGUCAAGGUCUACAUACCAGUCCGACAUUACGCUCAAAACGAUGCCUAUAUCAGCGAAGCACUGAUCGCCAAAAGACGGAAUCUCGCCGUUGCCGCCAUGAGCGCCAAGUUCUACCGUAGGUGCAUCGAUCAAACAUUGUAAGUGCUCCUGAAGAAGGAGUGCUCUACUUAACUAAUAGCGUCAGUGACCAUAAAGCUCUGGAAACCGGGACAGGAAUUCAUACCUACAUUGGCGUCUCUGUACAGGCCGAAGGGGAGCUUAGACUUGUGGCAUAUGUGAACCCUCAGCGAUCGAAGAUCAGAAGAUAAACUUAGCGCAUGGUCUCUGUCCUCAUACACAAUCUCUACAGGUUGUUCAAUGGCUUGCUCCUGUCGUGACUUGUGCGAGGGCAAACGCUUCACGUAUAUGGUUGUGGUUUGCGGGUUGCUGGCUGCUCUUCGUGGAGACCCUAAGGCCGCAGAGAAUACACGACUGGUUUCUCUCCAUCAAUAAAAUCUGAUCAUUCAGAGAGCAUCCUCAGAUCCGUAUUUUAACUGAUUGUAUGACCUUCAGCGGGUCGUCUCCCCAACAAGUGAAAGUAAAGCAGCUGCAGCGUCGACGGUCCAUCGUCGACCAAAGUCUG